ACAGCCAAACGAUACCCUCCUCACUGCCAAGGUCUCCUUUCCUCUUAGCUCACAGUAGUGUGCGCCGUGAAUGAUGCAUUGUGGGAUGAAAUAAGAUGCCGGCAGACAGGAGCUGGAGAAAAACGCUCGCAACACACGGGGAGGCUGCGGCUCGACCAAUGACAGGGCGCAGCAUGCAGCAGAGGGGGCGGGGCGCAUUUCGGGAGCAGCACAGCAGAGAGCCAACCUACCUACAUGCUUAUUGUGUAAAUCUUUAAAAAGCAAUUAGCCGCAUCAUCAUCAAACCUUUACUCCGUGUCCACACAUUGGCUGUGUGAAGUGCACAAUUUCUGGAAAAACAGUCAUCGUCCGUCUCUAAAAAGGUGAGUUCAUCAUUUUUACAUAUGUGAAAGAUCUGACUUGCAUUUCUUGACAUUACAGAUUCGAGUUUCUCGUGUAUGUUGUUGCGUAAUUACUCUAUAUUUUAGUGCGUAAAGGUGAGUGACAGCUGCCUGAGAGGAUAAUUUACUGCAUACACUUUGACACUUUUGCUCCUCUGCAGCAGCUGCUUUCAUCUGAAAGUGAUUUUGCCAAGUAAUUUAACUCCACCUGUAUCAAGUUUCGCAGCCAAUCUAUGCACCGCUCAAGUCAUGGUGUUGACGAAGGUAUUGAUAGAAAUACACCAGCGUUAGGUGAGGUUAUGAACCCGAGUGAAUGAGGGAAAAGCACGGUGCCAAGUGGCCAGUUUUCUGCGUAUGACUGAUUUUUUUUUAGCGAGGAUCCGGCUGGCCUAAACCGUCCCCAUCAUCAACCACGUGCGGUGUUAAUUUUCAGUGCAGUAGGUUUGAGUGAACGUGCUCCCUUUUUCAUCCUCAGCCGACACCACCGUCAUCCUCCAACCAUGACUGACAGGAAAGCAGUGAUCAAGAACGCAGACAUGUCCGAGGACAUGCAGCAGGACGCGGUGGACUGUGCCACCCAGGCCAUGGAGAAGUACAACAUAGAGAAAGACAUCGCAGCCUACAUCAAGAAGGUGAGGGGUGCACGGAGAGCUCAAUAUCCCUGACCCAUGAUCAGCAAGUUUAGCCUCUUUUCACUCUGGUGUCUAUUUCUGGUCAGUUGUAGCUCUCGUGGUCAGAGCAGCAGCCUUGAAUUUAUUUUCAUCACAGAGACAAGGUCUAUAAAAGUUACCCAAUCCCACCAAAAAGCUCUGUACUUACAAACAAAAUUUACUCUGAGCAGUUUUUCCUCAUUUGAGUGAAUUGAUCUCCUUAAAUGAUGAGCUUUAUUCCCAAGCCUCAGUGGGGCCUUAAGCAAAAUUUGAUUUUGCCUAGGACCCUCUAUUUCUGCCAAUAGUAUUGAUUGUUGAGCAUUCACACCAUAGGCUGUAUAUACUAUGGACAACUUGGUUCUGCCUCCCGCCUGUAUACGGAUUUGAAGCCGAACAGCUCUCGGGAUUUUUCUUCAUUUCCCGAAACCAGCGCUGCGCAGUAGUGUUGUGCGCAGUCGGCAGGAGAGUCGCUGUGAUGACGCUCGGCUCAAACGGCGUAUCGCCAGGGUGAGCUACGCAUCCCUGAAUGCCAAUAGGCUGUAUCAAGUGUCAAUCAAAGAAAACAUGAACCCCCUAAUAACUUUUAAAAACGGAGCUUCACAGAAGAAAGAGGACUUGAGCAUAAACCAGUCUUACUGUAACUACAUGUCCACAUCGCAAGCAGGGGGAAGAAAAAUUUAUGUUCUGUGCAAUCAAUUUGUUUGUCCACAACUCGAUAAGCUUUGCUGGCAGAGGUGGGAUUUAUGACCUAUACUGCAGCCCGUCACCAGAGGGUGCUGUUCUCAGAGUGGCUUCACCCAGUGAGGUGGCAGACGCUGUCCAUUCUAUAUACAGCCUAUGAUUCACACACCUUCACAAAUCUCUUUGAUUAACAUUCCGUGACAUGCAAACAUACCUUUUAUCUUGGCGUUUUUUGUCUUCUUUCUCGGAUAUGUCCCUUUUUGCAACAUUGUUUUGCCCCACAACUACCUGUGCUUUGGAUGCUCAGUGCACAUUGCACAGCAAAAGACACAUAAUGGUAGCAGAGCUUUGACAUAUUGGCAGUAAGAAUCAUAGGCCUACAUCAGCAGCACUACAUUUUUUUUACUUUAUUUAAUUAUUUUUUUUCUUACAAUUAUAUAUUUGAUCAUACAGAAAGCAUCACUCAUACAUGCAAAAAAUAAAAAUAAUAAAAAAAAAGUUUUUUUUUUUUUUUUUAUUGCUCUUGGGGGCCCCCUAUUGGCCGUAGGGCCCUAAGCAGGCGCUUAGUUCGCUUAUGCCUUAGGCCGGCUCUGGCUUUAUGAAAUAGCUAAAGUUUAUAUGACUGACCCUUCCUGGGGGACUGACUCAAAUGCUACGUUCACACUGCAGGUUAUGAUGCACAAUUCAGAUUUUUUGUUAAAUCCGAUCUUUUUGUGCGGCUGUUCACAUCACAACAACAAAUGUGGCAUCUAAUGUGAAUGGAAUGCGUCCGUGAAGUGACCCGCAUGCGAAUAAAGCCUAAAUUGCUUUCCGCGCCUGUUUGUUUUGUCGAACAAUGGUGACGUUUGUCGCAUAUUGAUGACGUAUAGGUCGGAUGAACGCGACCUGAGCGUCCACACUGCAGUCACAUCGGAUACAUAUCCGAUUUAUAUCCACAUACAAAAGAGGCCUGGGUCGGAUUUGAAAAAAUCUGAAUUGCACCGUUCACACUGACAUGAAAAAAUCAGAUAUGUGUCACAUAUGGUUAAAAAAUCGGAAUUGACCCGCAGUGUGAACAUAGCCAAAGUGCUUUCCAAAGCUAAGAUGUUACGACGAUAUAGAGCAGAGAAUUGAUGUGCAGAAUAAAUUUUGAAAAAUAAAGUAGCAGGUAUUAAAGUUUAUUUUUUCCUUGGAAGUUGUUGCUAGUUUAUAUUUAGUGAGUCAAACUCAGAAAUCAUCUUAGCUGGAAUAUGAUUUUUUAAUAAAUAAACAAUUUCUUUCAAUGAUAUCUUUUGAAGUUAAAAUUUUACUGGUGAAGGCCUUUUAAUUUUUAAGCUGCGCAUUGAUUUUCUUGUGAAAGGUUUUGGUGUUUAUGUCUCUUGAUUGGAUAGAAUAGGCAGCUUUAAUAUUUCAACUUGGAAAGUUGUAGUUCCCUAUGAUACAGAAAUUCCUCCAUAGAAGCUGGUAAACUUCAGAUAUUUGAGACAGGACUUGGUUCUGUUUCUAGACCUUGGUUUUUAAAUGGCUGUAUACUAAUGAUUAUUUUUUGUGUGAUGUUUUCAGGAAUUUGAUAAGAAGUAUAACCCGACCUGGCACUGCAUCGUCGGGAGGAACUUUGGCAGCUACGUCACCCACGAGACAAAGCACUUCAUUUACUUCUAUUUGGGCCAAGUGGCCAUCUUGCUCUUCAAGUCUGGCUGAGAAGUUUUCCGAUUGUUGCUGAGGAGUUUUUCUCCCUGAAACUAAAUCGGAAAUGCACUGGUGGCUGAUGUCUCCCAUACACUAAUAAUGACAUACCAUAACGAUGCAAAACCGGCCGUGCGCAUUUGCAUGGACUAUACACUAUUAAAUAUGUAUGUUACAGUAAGUUUUCUUUUCAGUAGUUGCCAUUUGAAUGCAACUGAAGUAGUUUUUGUUGAUGCUGUUUGAAUUCUAGGUUGUAAAAGAUUUCAAAGUGGCCCUUGAUUGUAUAUUAAAGGAAAGCUGUAGAAUGUAGUGGUGCAUUUGCUUUCCUUCACAAAUGGCAUCGCAAGCCCUGUUACGAGAACCCAUCUGCCAGUUUAGAUGGUAAAACUGUCCUGCUCGCACCAGUUUAACAAUCCACCGCGACUUUAACGCCGAUCAUGUAAAGAAGUCAGUAAAAAGGGGCAAAACAGUUGUAAGAGUUACUUCACGGCCUUCUGUGGUCUUCAAAAGUACAUACUGCAUGAGAUCCCUUUAUUACCCCGUCUUGCUAGUUUCGAGAAAAUUUGUCGGUUGUAAAUGCAAAUGCAAAACCUUUAAUGUUUUCCAUUAACAGUGUUGCCAAGCGGAAAUGUGGAAUUUUAGCAGCCGCAGUCAGAAAAAGAUGUCAGGACAAUUGCCACGCUUGACAUUUUGGAACCAACACAAGACAGUGCAGUCAUUUCGAAAGGAGGUUUUAGUUUGUCUGCUUUAGAAUUUUCACUGUGAAGGACGAUGGGACACAGAGCUCACACACACUCACACACCCACACAUUAGCCUGUAUCUAAAACACCACAGACUGGCUACCAGAAUCUGCUCACCUUCCUGGUUUUCAGCCUCAGAAUUCUGUGUUUUGCAUGUUUGGAGGAUUCCCCAUCAUUUCUUUAACAGUCGUCGCACAUGAACAAAACAUCUUCUUAAGCUGAGUUAGUGAACUUUUGAGUGUGUACAUACUUGACUGAAAUGAUGUGGUGUGUUGUCCCAUGAAUUGCUAUGAAGCAGCAUUCAAGAAAGUGAUAAAAAACAAAAAAUCUGCAGUCAGCUCUUCUACGGCUAAAAACACCCAUGUGUUUCAGGUGGUUGUGUCGUCUUGUGUUCCCCACCAGCUUUUGUUUUAGUAUUGCUUGUGUACUGCCAGACAUGGAAAAAAGUAUAGCCAGGACUCCCCGAGAAACUGCACAGUUGUACUUUUUGUCCAGCACACUUGUUUUGGGUUUGCAUUUUGUUCUGUCGGUUUUAAAACAGCAUUGCACGACAUUUAAUUUGGAUGAAACGUGUUCUCUGGAGGGUAUUUGACAGCUGGUUAACACUAUCCAUCUAUCGCUUGAGACUAAGUAAGAUUUUCUCUCCCAUGAUCCACCAACGGUGAAAUGUGUGUCUCUUGGAUUUACAUUGUUUUUGUGGGGAAGUCUUCCUAACUAUUGUCAAUGUAAACUGGUUUGAGUUUUGUUUUCCUCUGGCAUGUAUUUUUGCUGUGUAUAUGUAAGAGCCGUUCCGAUGCUGUUAAAUUUGCACAAAAUGUGUGCCUGUCAUUGCUCUCAACUGUAACCGGCUUGAGUACAAUUGCACUUCAUAAGAAACAUUCAGUAGGUUGCUACAGAACCAAAACUGUUCAAACUCGAUAAAAUAAAAACUAAUUGUUGACUUAUUACUCUGU